CGGGGUCGGGACCGCGAAGGGCUUCCUACGCUGACUCCUCCCUCCCCGGGUCUCCGAGCCAGCUCUACUCGACCCUCUCGGGCCUCAGCUGCUUGGGGCUGCGGCAGGAAGAUGGCGGCUCCGGCGGAGAGCGCGGAGGCGGCGUUGGCGGCCGCCCUGGCGGAUGUUCCCGGGCUGUCCCGUCUCCUGGAGAUUGACCCCCAUCUGAAGCCCUACGCCGGGGACUUCCAGCGGAGGUACAAGCUCUUCACCCAGACUUUGAAAAACAUUGAAGAACGUGAAGGUGGUAUUGAUAAAUUCUCCAAAAGCUAUGAAACAUUUGGAGUCCAUAGAUGUGCUGAUGGUGGUUUGUAUUGUAAGGAAUGGGCUCCAGGAGCAGAAGGAGUUUUUCUUACUGGAGAUUUUAAUGGUUGGAAUCCAUUUUCUUAUCCAUAUAAAAAACUUGAAUAUGGGAAAUGGGAACUCUCCAUCCCACCGAAGCAUAAUAAAUCUCCAGUUGUGCCUCAUGGAUCAAAGUUAAAGGUGGUUAUAACUAGUAAAAGUGGAGAAAUCCUGUAUCGUAUUUCUCCAUGGGCAAAAUAUGUGCUUCGUGAAGGUGAUAACGUGAAUUAUGAUUGGAUACAAUGGGACCCAGAACAUCCUUAUCAAUUCAAGCAUUCUCAUCCCACCAAGCCAAAGAGUCUAAGAAUCUAUGAAUCUCAUGUAGGAAUUUCUUCUCAUGAAGGAAAAGUAGCUUCGUAUAAACACUUUACGUGUAAUGUCCUACCAAGAAUUAAGGACCUUGGAUACAAUUGCAUUCAGAUGAUGGCUAUUAUGGAACAUGCGUAUUAUGCCAGUUUCGGUUAUCAAGUAACAAGUUUUUUUGCAGCAUCAAGCCGUUAUGGUACCCCUGAUGAGUUGAAAGAACUGGUUGACGCUGCUCACUCAAUGGGAAUUACAGUUCUCUUGGAUGUAGUUCAUAGUCACGCAUCAAAAAAUUCAGAAGAUGGUCUAAACAAGUUUGAUGGAACUGAUUCCUGUUAUUUUCAUUCUGGUCCUAGAGGAAAUCAUGAUCUCUGGGACAGUAGGCUAUUUGCCUAUUCCAACUGGGAAGUUUUAAGAUUCCUUCUUUCUAACUUGAGAUGGUGGCUAGAAGAAUAUGGCUUUGAUGGAUUCCGUUUUGAUGGUGUAACAUCCAUGCUUUAUCACCAUCAUGGAAUGGGUGAAGGCUUUUCAGGUGAUUACAGUGAAUAUUUUGGACUACAAGUAGAUGAAGAUUCCUUGGUUUAUCUUAUGCUGGCAAACCACUUGGUUCAUUCAGUAUUUCCAGAUUGUAUAACAAUAGCUGAGGAUGUUUCAGGAAUGCCAGCUUUGUGCUGUCCUAUUACACAGGGUGGAGGUGGCUUUGAUUAUCGAUUAGCAAUGGCAAUUCCAGAUAAGUGGAUCCAGAUACUUAAAGAAUUUAAAGAUGAAGACUGGAAUAUGGGAAACAUUGUGUAUACCCUCACAAACAGGCGUUACCUUGAAAAGUGUAUUGCAUAUGCAGAGAGUCAUGAUCAGGCUCUUGUUGGUGAUAAGACCCUGGCAUUCUGGUUGAUGGAUGCUGAAAUGUAUACAAACAUGAGUGUGCUGUCCCCUCUAACGCUAGUUAUUGAUCGUGGAAUACAGCUUCAUAAAAUGAUUCGUCUCAUUACACAUGCUCUCGGAGGAGAAGGCUAUUUGAAUUUUAUGGGUAAUGAGUUUGGCCAUCCGGAAUGGUUGGACUUCCCGAGAAAAGGAAAUAAUGAGAGCUACCAUUACGCUAGGAGGCAGUUUCACUUGAGCGAUGAUGAACUCCUUCGCUAUAAAUUCCUCAGUAACUUUGACAGAGAUAUGAAUAAAUUGGAAGAAAGGUUUGGUUGGCUUUCAGCACCUCAGGCCUUUGUGAGUGAAAAACAUGAAGAAAAUAAGAUCAUUGCUUUUGAGCGAGGAAAUCUCCUUUUUCUCUUUAAUUUCCAUCCAGAAAAGAGUUUUACUGAUUAUAGAGUGGGAACAGCCUCAACAGGGAAAUUCAAAAUUGUUCUGGAUACUGAUGAAGAGAAAUAUGGAGGACAUCAGAGAGUGGACCAUAAUACCGAUUUCAUUUCUGAGUCUUUUGGACAUAAUGGCCGUCCCUGUUCUCUUUUGGUAUACAUUCCAAGCAGAGUGGGUCUUGUGCUUCAAAACGUGGAUAUGCCAAACUGAGGAAGACAGAAUUUGCCUGCGGUGGAUGCAGAUCCUUGUUUUAUGUUCUUGUAUUUAGCGUCAGAGAGCUUUUAUUUUGUAGGCUUUAAAAAAUGUAUGGUAAAAAAUAUUGGGAAUUGAAUAUUGGUAUGUACACAUGAAUAUCAAAUUGUCUUUUAAAAGCCCUUUUCCAGGACCAUAUAAAUGACAAGUAUGGAGAAAAAAAAAUUAACUUUGUGUUUCUGGUGUUCCUGUACUAUAUUUUCAAACCUCUAAGUGGCUAGUAUUUUCAAGUUAUAUUUUGCAUUUUGUAAAAGUAAAAUGUACUUUCAUCCUUUUUUAUUUGAGAUUUGAUUUGUUCAUUACAUGUUAUUAUCUUUUCCUAGUGUAAUGAGUAUGCAGAAUUUUUAAAAAUUGAACAAAUAGUCUUAUUUAAGUUUCUUUCAUAUUUGGCAAAGAAUGCAGUCAACGAAAAGGUAUUGUUAUACUGGCGAUUUUAUAAUAAUGUUAAGGAUUUUUUCAAACGAUAACAUAAUAGGCUUUAUUUGUAAAGGCUCUUAUGAUUUAGCAUAACAUUUUUUAUUUACUGUCAUUCACAUAACAUUCUUGUAUCUUCUCUCUCACUUUUUCUGAACCUUAUUAUAAUAGUUGUAACAUUUCAGAAAACAUUUUAUUUUCCUUUAGUAAAUAGUAUCCAAAUCUCAAUCAGGUUUGUCUUAAUCUGUUAUUACAGGGAAUUAAUUUAUAAUGCGUUUUAACAUAUUUGCCAUCAAAAUAUAUUCAUUUGCAGGGAAUAAUCACAUAAUUUGCAUGUACCUGUACCAAGCACAAGCUACUAACAAAUAGAAUUUUGUUAAAUGGCUCUUGUGCCCAAGAUACUCUUACUGUUAUAAAAUCAAUGAUCUUUAAAAAGAUGCUUAAUUCAUGACUCUUUCAAAAAGAAAAAGAUUGCUGCUUCUUCAGUACUUCAGAAUUGGAAUUCGAAAUUGAGUACUUCAAAAAUGGUCUACAAAACGUGACUUCAGAUGCAGAUUUCAGCCUCUCUGUGCCAUGGUCAGUGCAUCUGUGGUUUUCUUAAACAUUGCCAAUUCUUUGCAUACCUUGUAAGGUACAUUUUAACUGCAAAUUUUCAUUGUUUGCUUUUGGUUUUGUCUUUUUGCUUUGUCCUGAAUCACUUGUAAUUUACAGCAGCUAUAUUGCAAUUCUCAUUUUUAAUGGAAAAGAUAUAUAGUAUAGUUUCUUUUUUACUAACAAAAUUUUGCAUUAACUAUCUUCCAUAUAUAAUAAGAUUUCUUUUGUAAAGUGUAGAAUGAAUGUAUGAAAAUAUCAGGUUUAUUUUGGAUUUCUAACUAAUUUCUUUUUAACCCUAACUAGGAUAAUAAUUUGAAUAUAUUUGAAGGAUUAAAUGGUACUGGGUGAUAAUUUUGCAUGCUGGGAAACAUGAGAUGGAAAGUCUUUUGUGAUGCAUUUCCCAUUAAAAGCGGUUUAAGAAUAGCCUAGCACUGUCAUAAUCUGUGAACUAUAACUAUUAAAGAUGAAGACACAGAACACCAUCACAUUGUUAAGUAUUCCAGUUUGCAUUAUCCCACCUUAGUUUUCUUUAUGCACAAAAAUGUUACCAGGCCAUUUCCAUGUCAUGGUAGCAUAUUUUAAUAUGUAAUAUAGAAUUUUUAUUUGGCAUUGUUAUGGAUAUGGAAUUGUUAUUUUGAAACUUAUGACAAGGUCAAAAUCACCAUUGUAAUUACAUGCUAUAUUUUCAUUAUAUUCAUCGAUUUUGUGAACAUAUUCCUUAGAUUUCACUGGUUUGCAUUUAGGGUUCUACAAAAUAAUGUAAGGUAAUUGCCCUUAUCAAGUUUUUGUCAUAGAGAAACAAUAAAUAUAUGCUGCUAAAUAGGAACAAUAAAAAUAUAUGCAAAUGAAAUACCAAGAGUAUAAAAUAA